AUGGAUAGGAUUGAUAAGUACAGAAGAGUAGAAGAAGACCAACUUCAGGAAAAAGGAAAGGCUAAGGUAAUCUCUCAAGAGAAGAGAGAUUUCAGGUCGGACCGUUACAAUAGUAACCGACCUCGGAAAGACUUCGUCGAGCAAUCAGGUUCUGUUGACACCCAGGUGGUUAAUGCAGUGUUUCGAGAGCCGGUGCAGCAAGUAUUGGAGAAGAUAAAGAAUGGGCCCUUUUUUAAAUGGCCAAACAAGAUGGUAGGAGAGUCUAAGAGACGUAACCCGAACCUUUACUGCCACUACCAUCAGGAUCAUGGGCACACGACGGAGAAUUGCAGGAACUUAUGGGACCAUUUGGAGCAGUUGGUCCGAGAGGGGAAAUUAUUGAAGCAAUUCUUGCAUCAUUCCAAUGGUAGGGUAAGCCAGGCAGGCUCAGAGAUGCGUGGGGACGCUUCUUCAAGACUCCCCCUUGCUGACGAGGUAAAGUGUGAAGAUUUGGAGAGAGUAAUUGUUGCUGAUAAUCCGGAAAGAUUCUUCCAGGUUGGGGCUAAACUGCCUUUGCAAGAGAAGGAGAGAUUGCUGGAAUUUCUCAGAACAAAUGUAGAUGUGUUCGCAUGGAGCCCAUAUGAAGCCCCAGGUGUAGAUCCGAAUUUUAUUUGUCAUCGACUCAAUGUGAAUCCUUCCGUUAUUCCCAAAAGACAACCACCUCGGCGACCAUCAAAAGAGCACGCUAAAGCCGUCAGAACUGAGGUGACCAAGCUCAAGCAGGCUAGGGCUAUCAAAGAGUUGGUGGAUGCAACCGUUGGUCAUCCCCAGAUGAGUUUUCUGGAUGCCUUCCAAGGAUAUCACCAAAUACCGUUAGCAUUGGACGAUCAAGAGAAGACGGCUUUCGUCACCCCUAUUGGAAACUAUCAUUAUAAGGUGAUGUCGUUUAGUUUGAAAAACGCAGGAUCUACCUAUCAAUGGAUGAUGACUAAAAUGUUUGAACCGCAACUUGGCAGAAGCAUUGAAGUUUAUAUCGAUGAUAUGGUAGUAAAGAGUAAAAUGGUGUCCGAGCAUGUGGAAGAUCUUAUGAACAUCUUUGGAAUACUGAGAAAGCAUAAGCUACGUCUGAAUGCUUCAAAGUGUUCCUUUAGUGUAGGCUCCGAAAGAUUCUUGGGAUACAUGGUGACCCAUAGAGGAAUUGAAGUGAACCCAGAUCAGAUUAAGGCCAUCAACGAUUUACAAGCACCUUGGACUCCAAAAGAGGUGCAGAAACUGACUAGAAUGACUGCUUCUUUGAACCGAUUUAUCUCCAGAUCGGCCGAGAGGUGUCGUCCCUUUUUCCUUCUACUGCAUAAGUGGAAAGGAUUUGAAUGGACCGAGGAAUGUGCUGUGGCGUUUCAGCAGUUGAAGGAGUACCUGUCCAAGCCGUCUAUCAUGUCUAGUUCUAAGGUGGAUGAGAUGCUGUUUGCUUAUCUGGCAGUUGCCCCUUAUGUAGUUAGUUUUGUCUUAAUACGAGAGGACAGCGACGUCCAAAGACCAAUUUAUUACGUAAGUAAGUCCUUUCAUGAAGCUGAGGUGAGAUAUUUGUCAUUGGAAAAGGCCAUCUUGGUGGUGGUCCAUGCAACACGCAAACUUCCACAUUACUUUCAAGCCCAUACAGUGGUUGUCUUGACUCAGUUACCUCUCAAGUCCAUACUUAGAAGUGCAGAUUACACUGGGAGAAUUGCUAAGUGGGGCACAAUCCUAGGUGCUUUUGUCAUCAAGUGUAUGCCUCACACCUCUGUGAAAGGCCAAGUCCUUGCCGAUCUGGUAGCUGAGUUUGCCGAGUGUCUAGAAGAAGCUAACAUGAAGCAAAAUGACAUGGAUGAAAAAUCGGUUGGUCUGAUAUCCACACAAGGCGAUUCCUCCUGGAGGGUAUAUGUGGACGGAGCAGCAAACCAACGGGGGGCAGGAUUGGGGCUAGUUUUGAUAUACCCCAAAGAGAUCACCAUUGAGAAAUCCUUGAGGUUGGGAUUCUCGGCUACUAACAACGAAGCAGAAUACGAAACUUUAUUGAUGGGAAUGAGUAUGGUCCAGAAAAUGGAUGGAAAGAUAGCAGAAUUAUUCUCGGAUUCAAGAUUGGUAGUCGGCCAGGUGAAAGGAGAACUGGAAGCCCGAGAUCCAAGAAUGCAGGGGUAUUUGAGUCAAGUUAGGCGUAUGCAAACGAAAUUUGAAUCUUUCAUCUUGUCGCAUAUCCCCUGA